GUUUGGCUCUUGCAGAAAGCUAUCUUAUUUCUAUUUCUACCAUCCUGCUGAAACUUCCUAGCUUACCUGGCAUCGCAGCCUGAAGACAACACGAUGGCGGACGAUGAAAUUGAGCAGGCAACUGAGGCUGUGAAGGAGCUUGAAGUGGACGACAACAUGGAACUAAGCCUUGACCUCGGCAAGAAGAAAAAGAAGAAGAAGAAGGACCUGGUGCUCGAUCUGGAGGGUGGUGAUGCCGCCGCGCCAUCUGCGGCACCAACGGGCGAGCCAGAGGACGGCAUGGAGAUGUCGCUGGACUUGGACCUAAGCAAGAAGAAGAAGAAAAAGAAGAAGACCCGGCAAGGAGAGGGCGAGUUUGAGGAGGGAGAGGAAGGAGGGGCAGCUGGUCCAGUGGACGACGGCCAGGAAGCGGCGGUGGGAAAGUUCCCAUGGUCUGGCACCGACCGCGAGUACGACUAUGAGGAGCUCCUGGAGCGCGUGUUCGGCAUCCUCCGCGAGAAGAACCCGGAGCUCACAGGCGAGCGCCGCCGCACCGUGCUCAAGCCGCCCCAGGUGGCGCGUGAAGGCACCAAGAAGACGGUGUUCACCAACUUCAUGGACCUCUGCAAGGCCAUGAACCGCCAGCACGAGCACGUGUCGCAGUACCUGCUAGCGGAGCUGGGCACGAGCGGCAACCUGGACGGCCAGCAGCGGCUGAUCGUGAAGGGCCGCUUCCUGCCCAAGUCGUUCGAGACGGUGCUCAGGCGUUACGUGAACGAGUACGUGCUGUGCCCCGGCUGCAAGAGCGUGGACACGCUCCUAGAUAAAGACAGCGCCACCCGCCUCAUGCACCUGCGAUGCCAGCAGUGCGGGGCGUCCAGGACGGUGCAGGCCAUCAAGGCCGGUUUCGUGGCCCGUGUCACGAAGCGUGUGGCGGACGCCAAGUAAGCGGACAACGUUUCACCUCUCCAGGCGCAGCGGCCAUUACAGCACCGCAUAGGGUCAGUGUUCUGCUUAACAGCAGCUUGAACUAUGGACUGCAUGCUGGAUGCUACUGCUGCCCGGUGAUUGGUUGGUGUCUAGCGCUGGGUGGCUUAGGAGGGCGCAUGGAUGCAGGACUAGGGCGUCAAAGAGGGAAAUGCCGCUUUUGCAUUGACAGGACGGGGGCAUUGUUUGCGCGUGUAGGCAGUUGACAUGGAACUGACAGGUUUGCCUCUGGUGCGGGUUAUAGGCUUUGAUUGUUACGGUUUGGCGGAUUAUGGUGUCUGGUCCCCGUGGUGCCUAACGACGGUGACUGUAUGGCUCUUCUAGCGGUGUGCAGGAUGCAUGUUAGGCUUGCCAUUGAGCGCCACAAAGCAGAUGGUUGUGCUGGCUGGGCUCGUGCUGUACGGCGCGUCUGUACAUUUGCUGUACGCAUGUAACCCAAAGAUAGGUGCAUGGCAUGUAAGUGUUGCUCAGAUAGGAGCCAGAUCUCUCGCGAUGCCUGCGUAACUGUUACUCACCCAAAGACCUCCAAUGCCGCACCGGCGCCAGACCAUAGGGCGCCGUUUACUCGCAGCGACUUUCAUGUGCGGUAGGCUCCCACGCGUGGCAGUUGCUGUAUUGUUAUGUGUAGCGAUCUUCCAAGUAUUUCUCAUCCAUCUAUGGCACCGGUUUCACCAGAGCCGUGACCUUAUGGGCGAACUGCCCCGACUGCAGUCAGCAUUUGCAGUCCCACGGGCUGGGGGAUACUAUACAAUGACCACAGCUACAGCCACUUGUGAACGUCUUGUUUCGACUUACGAUGAAGACAAUACAUUAGCGAAGUUAUUUCUGCUAGCGCGGCAAGCGGGGAUAGUCGUGCCAUGCCACGACUCGGCGCUGAGAGGCCUCAACUUCUCCGUGUGUUCCAAGAAGUGCAUCAUAGCAGCCAAUCUUCAUAAUUCAAUGGAGGUCAUACCAAACAUGAUCGUGCAGCUGAUCUGGACAGCGCACUUGCUGGGCCCCGCCAACAUCUUAGUUUCGAUCUAUGAAAGCGGGAGCAAGGAUGCCACAGCCGACUGGUUGCAGUUGCUUAGAGCUGUACUAGGUUACCUCUCAGUACCACAUAUCAUAACUACGGGCGGCAUAACGAGAGAGCCUGGCCAAGAUCGCAUUGCCUACCUGGCAUCCGUGAGGCAAGCGGCAGUGGAUCAGGUGUUGGCAAACUGCAAUAAAUAUGCGACCAACUUUUGCAACUCUUCUCGCAUAGUCUAUGUCAACGACGUCCUGUUUAACGCGCCAUCCAUGGUACGGCUUUUACAGUACGGCAACGAAGACAUGGCUUGCGGCAUGGACUUCGAACCCAUCCUUGCCGACCACCCGAUGUCCGAACAGCGCAGCUAUAUGACAGGCCACCUUCUCCAAACCUGGCAUCUGCCACGGCCUCUAGCAUCCAGCCUUGCCUCCUCAACCCUCGCCUUUCGCCUAUGGAAGAAAGCCUAUCGCCGUUCCGCAACCCUACUACGCCUCCUGCCCCUAUCCUUCUACGACAUCUGGGUUGCACGCGACGUAGCAGGCGACCGCUUCACCCGUCCCGCACCGUUUACUCACCACGGCCCUACCGCAGCUCGCAUCCAAGCCGGGCUCCCUGUUAGCGCCUACUGCUGCUGGAACGGCCUGAUAGCCCUUGCAGCCCAGCCGCUGCUAAGCCGCCGCAUCGCCUUCCGUGCGCACCGGCCCCCGCCGCAUCGCAAUGGCCCUGCUGACGACGGUGGUGGUGUUGCUGACCGUGCUCACAAUAGCGGUGGCGACAACGAGUGUGCGGCGUCGGAGUGCAGUCUCCUGUGUGACGACUUCCACCGCCUGGGUCGUUCACGUAUCGUCAUUGACCCCUCAGUGCGCGUCGCCUACCGUGCCGUAGCCGCGGAACGCAUCUUCCUAGGCAGCAGCAGUACCAGCAUUAGCAGCGCCCUCAGUAGCAGUAGCAGCAGUGGCGGAGGGGGCGAUGACCCACGGGUCACUGCUGAGCCUGCGGACCUUCUUCCUCACGUGGAGUGGAGUCCGUGGCUGAUAUCGGAUCUGGAGGCCUGGCGUGUGGAGCAGGGCUUGCCAUCCACUGUGGAGUGCUGCGGCUUGGAGCCGGGACGUGACGGAGUGGACUUUGAGCACGGAUGCGUGCGCAUUCCGUCUCUGGCAGGAACAGUGGUGUCGGUGGUUGCGUCCAGGAAUGGCGGAAACGGCAGCGGCAGUGAUGGCGACCGGAAGUGAGGGGCUGGUGGGCGCGCGGGGCAGGCGUGGUGGCUGGAGGCUGUGAUGACUGGCGCCUAGCAGGCCCUGGAAGCCGGCGCCCAGGAGUGCUGCUGGAGGGUUGAGCUGCGCGCUGUUGAGCUGCUGUUGGGGUUGAGCUGGGGGCUAGGGGGUAGCAAAAGCAGCCAAGGAUGCAUGCAUGCGGUUUUCGAGGGCCCCGAACAACUAUGAUGUUGCGUGUUUUCAAUAUCAAGGAUUCGCUUCUGCGGAGGU